GGUUCAGUAUUUCGCUGUUUUUCUGAUUCUCUCUUUUUUUGGCAUGGCGGCUCACUGGGAACAACCACUUCACCUCAGCAACAAAACGCCUCAAAGUUAAAAGACUUAUGCCAGGUAAGAGAUGCAUAAAGAUCUAAAAAGGAGAACUUAACUGCAUCGUAGAUUAGGUACACCCAGAAACCGUUUUAUUAUUCUCACGUCGUUAUCAUCAUUUACUUAAAACUACCCGUUAAAAGUGUAAGACAGUUUCUUUAAAUGUCCUCGCUUGAGCAUGAUCUUUCCUCGAAGACCUUAAACCUGUCCAUUGUUUACUGUUAAUUUUCUCUGAUUCCAUCCACGUCCAUUCGAGACGAGAUAACACUUUAAAGAGGAUUAUGAUAUCCAAAGUCCAUUCCGUGCCUCUAAAACAAGGAAGACGGCCAACGGGUAUAAACUUUGUCCACUUUGGUCUGAAAUCAUUAUUUUCGAGUGAGCUUCUGGCGUGUAUAAAAAUAUUUAUCGUUUCAAUUCCAAAUGAGACGGAAAGAGAAAUAAUCAUGCGAAUUCUUUUUUGUUGCUGUUCUAAGUUAAUCUACUAACUAUAAAUGAUGACAUGCGUAAUUUAAUUCGUAGAGACAAGGCCUGAAAACUGUUAUGGAUUUUACAGGCCAAGUCUGAAAACGGGUGUAAAAAAUGACGUGUUUUGGUCUGAAAUAGAGUCAGGAUUUGGAGAACCGGGCGGCACACCCCGCAACUGAAGAAUUCCCAGGAGUAACCCCCCACGAGUUAUUUAAGAUCCCGUGUCGUCUUCGUCUCUGCUAAUUACAAGUGAUCGUUACUUUCAGCGGUCUAUACUGAGUUUCCCUGGUAUUCCAGGAUCAAAUGGUAUACCGGGAGUGCCGGGCGUCCCGGGGCCACACGGACCACAGGGAAGGGAAGGUGCAAAAAGGACACAUAACGCCGAGAUAACGCUUUAAAUAGGAUUACUGUAUCCAAGGUCCAUUCCGUGCCUCGAAAACAGGGAAGAUGGCUGGCGGGUAUAGAAUUUGUUCAUUUUGGUCUGGAAUCAUUGUUUUAAUUUGAGGAAACUACGGGCGUGUAUGAACGGAGUUAUCCUUUCAAUUCUAAAUGAAAAGGAAAGAGGAAUAAUUAUGCAAAUUAUUUUCCGUUGCUGUUCUAAAUUAAUUUAAGUAGUGAUGACAUGCACAAUUCUUAGAGACAGAGAUUCCCACGACUACCCCUCUUCCCCCCCCCGAGUUAUUAAAGAUCCCGUGUCGUCUUUGUCUCUGCUAAUUGCAAGUGAUAUUUUCUUUUUUUUCAGCGAUCUAUGCUGGGUUUCCCUGGUAUUCCUGGAUCAAAUGGUAUACCGGGAGUGCCAGGCGUUCCGGGGCCACAGGGACCCCAGGGAAGGGACGGUGUAAAAGGACAAAUUGGUGAUAAAGGAUCGCAAGGAAUUCCGGGUCCAAGAGGAGACAGAGGGCGCGAAGGACCUCCUGGGAAGAGUGGACCCCGAGGAAUUAAGGGAAUAAAAGGUCAACAGGGACUUCUGGGAAUGAAAGGAGAGCCAGGCAUUGCGGGAAUGAAAGGAGAGCAAGGAGCUGUGGGAAUGAAAGGAGAGCGAGGCAUUGUGGGAAUGAAAGGAGUGCGCGGAGCUGUGGGAAUGAAAGGAGAGCGAGGCAUUGUGGGAAUGAAAGGAGUGCGCGGAGCUGUGGGAAUGAAAGGAGAGCGAGGCAUUGCGGGAAUGAAAGGAAGAAUAGGAGACAAAGGAGAGAAAGGAGAAAGCGUCAAAGCAAGUCAAGCAAGUGUAGUACCACAAACCAACUGGAAACAAUGUGUGUGGAAAUCACUCAGCAAUACUGAUAACGGAAAGAUUAAGGUAAAUAGAAUAAGAAUCAUAACACACUCCUAAGAAAAUUAGUUCUUUUUUUAAUUAAAAUCUUUCAAAGAAGAAAGUCUCCCCUCUCAUUCACCGUUUGCUAACACAUUACAUAAAUAACUAUUUAGUUACAUUUCUCUCAAUUUUGGUUCUUUUUGAACGAGAAAAAGAAAAACCAUCGUGCGUGAUAAAAUGAUUCCUGGGCAUAUGGAUAAAGAGAAGAAAAAUUUAAGCUAUUACAGAGUUUUUAAACAUUAGGAAGUAAUCUUGACUGGAGUUGUUAGUAUCAAUCAUUACACACGGUUGCUCGCCUUAGCACAAUAUGUUUGAUUUGUUUGCUUUUAUUCCAGGACUGUGCGUUUAACAAACUGCAGUCUAAUUCAGCGCUCAGAGUCUCAUUCCAGGGAAACAUGAGGGUCCCUGGUAAUGUUAAGUGUAAUCGCUGGUAUUUCAAGUUCAAUGGAAAUGAAUGCAGUGGCCCAAUGACGAUUGAUGCUAUUGUUUACCAGGACUGGUCAUCUGGGAACCCUGAUCUGUGGCAUCAUCGGUCGUUUGAGGGGUACUGUGAAAACAUUCCACAUGGGGCGGUUAGAGUCGAAUUAUGGGUAGGAAAGUGUACUGGCGUGACCCUGGGUGAUGCUUUCACUGUGUGGAAUUCAGUAUCUCGGAUAAUGAUUGAAGAAGUAUCUAGGCCCCAGUCCUAAUAAAGGGAGUCUUUAACUUUGGCGCUGUUUUAUUUCCUUAGAAUAGCAUUCUACAAAUAUAGACUGCGCAAGGUGCGAAAGUAUUGUUUUUGGUUAUUUUUUUUUUUCAGCCCUUUGUGAACUACUUUCGUCGUAUAUCAGAUUGUCAAUAGUAAAAUAUAAUAACAGUAUCAAGAUUUUGUAUUAUUAUGUCGGCAUGUUAGUCCUGCGCAGCAGCUCUUUGUUUUGUCACGUAGUGCUUUUCUAGCUUUUUUGCGGGGAGGCACCUUUCGUGACGACACAAAAACCGGCUGAGCCGGUGGGAAUAUUAGUCUCCCAUGCAGCCGCUUUGUCUUCUUACGCACCGCUACUUCUCGUUGCUUGACGACACAAAAUGGCUGUGAUUAAGAGCGAUUGAUUGGCGAUACUUUUUGUAGGUGAUCUGUUAUGGAUGCAAAAUAUAUCACUACAGCUUCAGGGGAACCCAUAUUCUCUCGGGUUACCAUGCAUACCAUUAGAUUGUCGUUUGUUUCCUACGUCUAUAAUAUGUAGUCAAAGUAAAGGUCAAACCGCUUCGAGGCAAGACCAUUGUUAAAGGCGGAUUAGAUUUCGAGGAUUAAAAUCGCACCUUAUAAAAUUUAUAUCAAUUAUCUAGGAAGAUGAAUAUUAUGACAGAAUAACUUGAUUAUCUCUAGCAUACGUGGCAAGCGUUCGAAAGGGAAGGGAAGGGAAGGGAAUUUAGGAGCGAGACCGCGCGCGAGGGAGAAGCGAGGAGAGGAACUCGUUCUCAUUUCUCAUUCCUCGCGCGCCCUUCCCGCUUCUCACACACCCAAAAUCUCCUUUUCCUUCCCUUUGGAACGCCUGGCACGCAGGCUAGAUUAUCUCUCAAAUAGUGGAAAAAUGGAAUGCUUUUAUUCGUAACAUUGAGAUUCUUGUCAAACCUUCGCAUUACCUUAAUAGCAUCUUUGUUGUAUUUCUUGCAUGUCAGUUUAGUUUGCUUCAAUGUGUCAUGCAUUAAUUAAUUAAAGCUUUCAAUCAUUGUUUCAAUAAAAGACAGUGUCUUACAGUAUGUACAAAUCUUGUCCAAUGCAGCGACAGCCCCGUCUGUUCGAGUGUAUUUAUGAAGAAAGAAGUCCCCAGAGUUUCUUAACUUUGAAGAUGAAAGGAGGGGGGGAGGGCUUCACAAUCAUUUGGAUACCUUAAUCAUCAGUGCCGUAUGGGUAUACCCAGUAGGGGAUACCGUAUGAGUAUACCCGAUAGGGGAUACCGUAUGGGUAUUCCUGGUUCGAUCCCGGUAGGGGAUGCCCAUACCGCAAGUUAUAGGAAGUUAAGUUAUGCCGGACCGUCGCAGCACGAACUUCCGUCAAGAGUACAAUUCCUUUUAAUUAGCAAGGCUUUUAUUGCUUUGAACGUUUUUAUUCCAAAGUUUAACUACUUUAUCCUUUUCUGUGUUUUUUUUAUGGUUUCCUUGAAAAUACUGACACUUUUGUCUUAGCCUGAUAGCCACUGAUCGCCCUUAGAGAGUUAUCUUUUCUAUCAUCCUAACCUACGUUUCCUCGAUGUUUCAGCUGAAGGUGAACUAAUAAAAGGUUAGAAUAGCGAAAAAAAAAAAAAAAAGGGUCAAGUGACUAAGUUGGGAUCGCAAAAAUUACAUAUUUGCCCAAAAGUGACUAAGAUGGGGUCUAUAAUUGGCCACCAAAUAGACUAUAAUGGGGUAGGGGCUCGGAGAGGCCAGUGGCACAUACCCAACAAAAAUUUACUAAAGUACCGUCCCCCCCCCUCCUCGGGAAACAGAACCUUAAAUGUAUUAUUCGUUAUAACAUUGUAUGUUUAAGAAAGUACAUUGGUCAAAUUUAAACAGAUAGUCUUGUCCAUGAUGAAAAAGCUCUUAAAUUACUGGUUGACACUAUUGGUCAGGUAAAGAGUUCAGUGACUUUUUGGUUAUGAACUGUUUAAUUAAUACACAAUGAAAUUUAUGCAAACAAAAAUUAACAAGACGUGUACUUAAAGGGGGUUAUGUCACGCUAUUUGCUAUCUUUUGUCUUUGCAUCAAUUGAAUUCUAAAAAUGACGGUCCAGGUUUGUUAUUUUCACACCAUAAUUUUAUUUUAUAGGCAUUGAAACUGGUUCCUGUCGUCUGUUUCUACGAACGGCAAGGAUGUGUGUGGAUUGAAACUUAGUUUUGAUGCCAUGCCAGCAAAAACCACUAGAAAAGUAUUGUCGUUAGUGUUUAUAGCGGGGCUCCCGCGCGCGCGAAGCGCGCGUGGGACAGAGCCCCAUACCCAUGGAAUAUGGUCAACCUCUUUUCGUUUGGUUGUCACGUGAUUGACCGAGCGUACGUACGUACGUACGUACGUACGUACGGGUCUACAGAUUGUAUGGGAGGGGUAGGGGAGACUAUCAAAAGGAAGGGAGGGGUGUCUCAGGCGUGUCUUGGCAAGCCCACAUCAUAGGACAUUAACAAUAUGGUCAAUUGACAGCUGUCCAAACAGGAUAGCCACUGAGCAGUAUCCCAUGACCAUAUCGCGGGCUCAUGUGUCAACUCAUCGAGGUGACGUGAUUUAUUUGGAAGCUGUCCGCUGACCAGUUAACUGUUUUACUAGAUCGCGAACAACGUUCAAUCUCAUACUUUUACUAGUUUGGGAACACAGGAAAACUGAUAAUGCACACAUAUUGGACAUCAAUGUUUUGAUCAAUUGACAGCUGUCAAAACAGAGUACCCGCUGACCAGUAUCACUUGACCGUAUCGCGGGCUCAGGUGUCAACCCGUCGAGGUCAAGUAUUUUUUGAAGUUAUCCGCUGACAAGUAAACUAGUUUUCAAGUGAUCGCAGGCUCAAGUUCAAUUUUUUUUCUUAAUUCAUAUGAAAUAUGUUGUGUUUAUGUGCUGCACAAUUAAAAUUUUGAUCACAAACUGACCUCGGACGUGAAAAUUCAGCCAGCUGUUACAGGCAGGGAAGACAGUUGCUUUUGUUUUUUCUCACAAUGGUGACACGUUGGUCACGCUCUACGUCCAAUUUUUAUGCUCUGAUUGGUCAAAAUUUGACAUGUGAGUUCAUGCGCAAAAUUUAUGCAGCAUCUUGAAUCUUGUUUACUUUAACAGCUGAAGCUGACAGAGUUUUGUGUCAACUUGUGAUGUUUUUAACUGUCUUUUUCCACUGGAUGUAUAAAAUGAAAUUCAGCUGCUAUCAGGAGUCUUCUGUUACUCAUGGCUAGUUUGUUUAUUGGGUUUUUGGUUGAGAAAACGUCCCUUGUCAAAGUCGGAAAUCCGAUUUCGGAUGGCAUCGUUUUCGUUUUCACCUUGUUUGAUGCGUAAGAGGAUUGCAAAGUCUGAAGUGAUACUGGCUUUACCUGAUAACUUUCAGGAGCUGCAUCUCGAAUGGUAAGCCAGAGAAAUUAUUGUAUUUCAUGUUUGUUUUUUGUAUCUAAUUUAAUGAAGUGGAGCGUAGUUUAUGCGGGAAUUUAGUUUAUGCGCGUUUGUAAGUUUUGAGACAACGAUCUCACCGAGUAUCUGGUUUGAUAUAAUCUUACAGAACUUUAAAAAGCCUUUAGACAGUUUCUCACCGCAAAUAGAAAGAAAAUGUUCCAAAGAAUCUUUAGUUAUAAUUCUAGCCGGAAAAGAAAGCUUUGAGCGAUUUUCUUGCCUCGAGUUCGUCUUUGAAAAAACAAACACCGGGAAGCUGGCUUAAAACAUAAACUUCAGCAAACUUAAGCUUGAAGCUUGAAGACUCAGGAUAUUUAGGGACACUUUAAUACUUGUCUUCCUGAAUGAAAAUUGUUGUCUCUGUUUAUGUUUCACCGAAUUAUAUUUCUUUUAUUGAUUGUUGGUAGUCUCUCUUGCAAUUUUAAUCGCUAUGCCGAUUGUUUUCAGUCGUUCAGUGAACAUCGCUUGCAGGAGUUCUCAAAAUGCCGCGCGUUAAACCAUCAAAUAAAAAAUAAACAUGAUAAAUUCUUUAUUAUCUUGGAGCGUAACUCUGUUAAUGUUCAUUCAAACACUCGCUAUAGCUCGCACUACAAAAGUGAGAACCGGAUGGCCGUAUAGGUGAUUUUGGAAAAUUUUUUUAACAGUUUAUGAAUAUUGAAUGAGAGCAAUUUGUAUUGUGAAAUACUGCUUUCUGUCUAUGGUAUAAAAGGUUGAUUUACACGCACCCAGAUUUGUUGGCAAGAUUUUGCAAAGUAAACUUGUCGAACGCCAAAACGUUGGCCUGAUUUUUUUUCUAAGCCUAAUUGAUCUACGGUGAUCAACAGCCAUUACGGCUCUUAAAUGUGAUAAAAGAUGAUUACCAGUUUUUGAGUGUACAUAUGAGGCUAUCAACUCGAUGUAAGAUUUGGUUCACUCUUGGGCUGUUUGCAAAUUAUUUUUCUGUAAAAUCAGGUAGCCUUUCCCUCAAAAGUCACAUAAAUGUGCUCUAAAGUUAACUGAAUUGUGGAAUUCGAAUACAAGUUUAUUGUUUAAAUUAAAUUAUAAAUUUACUAAUGGGAGCCUCGCUUUUAGCCCUGGCUAAAUCUAUAUAUUAUUUUCUUCAUCACUCUAAAGGAGCAUUUUGUGUAUGGGCAAAAGCAUUAAGUAAUAAGGUCAGCUCAGAAUUGACCUAAAACAGCAAUAUCCCCAUGGCGUAGCCCCUUUAAAGGGGCUGUACAUGUGUCACGGCAGUCCAGUUCAUUUUGUUUCAUUUUGCCAAUUACUCGCCCUCAAUCGCUAAAGUAAGAAAAGAAAUUACAUGUAAAUGACAAAAUCAGAGAUCCGAAACAAACAAAUAGGUCUCCAAAGCAUUAGUUUUGAAGGUGCAAGCAGAAGGGAUCAAUUUUGAACUGAAAAGUUUUCAAAAAACCCUAAUUUCAAUCCGUUUGAAUCUUCUUCAGUUUGGCCCAUCCGCCAUCCGUCCGGGAAGGGGGGGAGUACUGCCAUAUAUCGGCUGUAUAGGUAUGUGCCGCUUUGAAGGGUAUGGUUUUCAAGCAGUUUACUCUAGGAUAGGGUCUAUAAAUCAGGGCGUUGGGGUCUAGAAUAGGGAAUCAUUUCUCAGGAAACUGAUCAGUUGGUUGAAGAUUUUAUCUAGACUAGGGAAACAGCUACUCUAGGAUAGGGGGAAUUUGGGGAGUUUACUCUAGUAUAGGGUAGCAAAAUUCAGCUGAACUAGCUCUGGUAUAGGUUAAGGGUUCCAGGGUCCCAGCGGCACAUGCCCACCCAAAAAUUCCUAAAGUAUCCCCCCCGGGCCCAUUCGGGGUAUCUGUUGUUUCUGUUGUGUUAUUUUAACCUUCCUUUUAAGUGUUAAGCGGUUAUUUUUAUGUUUCUCUUAAUUUAACGAGCAUUUUGUAAUUACCUAAUUUGGCUGAAUUUUGUGACACAGCUCCUUUAAUAAAUAAACAAAAUGUGCCAUAUCAAUGGGAUGUAAAAUGCCUUAACCCUUUUAAUAAGUCAUAAGAGUGACCAACACGAACUUUCUCCUAACAAUAUAAGCACAAUCAAGGGAAGUGGUUAUGAGAGUGUGUAAAAUGAUCACCAUAAACAGUCUGGAGAAUUUGUAUGUAGAUAUUGGGGCUUAAAGGUUAAUUCUCAUCUUGACGCAAGUUACUAUUUAAAACAAUUUACUAUUUAACACAGUUCUGGCUUCUUUGCUUGUACAUGUAUAACUGCUACAGUUCGCGUUUCGUUUUUACCGUUAUUUAAUGGCACUAUAACUGAUGUAUCCAAUCCAUUUACCAAGAGUAUUCUAAAUGUACGGAAGCUGGCUAAGCAGCAGUAACAAUUUUGUUUCGAAUCAUCAGGAGAAUGUUAUUUUAGGCAGUGACUAAAUGUUUCCUCUCGCAGAACAUCAUCCAGGAAAACUCAUCGAGGAUAUGUACAAAGACGACCUGGAACUUAGAGUAAGAGAACAAUCACAUUCAGUUUCACGGUUGUUGUUGUUGUUUUUUUUUUUUCUGCCAUUGAUAAAACGCCGCCCGUCGUCGUCGUUGCCUUAACUCCCUAUUGUUGUGAUCUAGAAAUUUUGCUACCAUGGUAACGUGACGUCACAUUUCUCCUCUCUAUUAACAUUGGUAUCGCUUGAUUACAGUGGAACCUCGAUUACGUUCGCUAAAACGAGGUUUGGUUAUAUCGAGGUUCUUAUCCAUACAUUAUACUGUAACUGGGGCAGAAAAUAUCGUUCGUUAUAUACCAAGGACUUCGUUAUAUCGAGGUUCCACUGUACGAAAGAGAAAGAGAAAUAGGCCUCACCCCUCUCCCCAGGUUUUGACUUUUGUCCCAAUUCGCUCAUUCUCAUCCCUUUGAAUCCCGCAUAAUCCCCACCCCGCUCCCCCGCCAAUUCUCUCUGGAAGAGGUCCUAGAUUGUUCUACAUGUACUUGGCAAUUCAACAGUUAUUCAACAAUUAUUAGUGCAGAUCGAACAAAAUGGCUCUCAAUUAAUUCCCUGUUAUUUUGGAAAAUAGGUAGAGUAAUUGUUCAGCGGGGGGGGGGGGGGUGCAUUUCCCCAUCAUCAAAUCUCCCGUUCAUCAUUCGAUUCACAGUCCUCUAUUUUUCCGUAAGAUCGUCGGGAUCGAAGACUCUGCGUUAAUUACGGGGGGCCAACUUGGAUAGAUAAACCCCGACGCCCGCUCCCUCGGGUUUAUGUGAAACUGAGAUAACCGUCCGUUCCGGUAAGCUAGCGCUCUAUCCUGACGAUCUUACGAAGAAAUAGGGGACUGUGAAUAGUCUAACUUCAGAUAAAACCUUUUAAUUCAAAAUCCAUCUCUUGUUGUAGGAUAAAUUGUUAGGCGGAAAUGCUCUAAGAUUUCUUGGAUUGAAAAGGUCGCAUUUUGACGAAGACCCUGCGGAUAAAGUGCAGAGGACUGAAUAAUUAAAUGUUUUUCUGUUAGUUAUAUAAUGAAGUAGCUUUUAAAAGUGAAUAGACUCACGCAUUAUGUCUUUAAACGCAUUUAGAAGGAGUUUAUUUAUAAUGUCCUUUGUUUUUCGGUAUCUUGGUGUCUUGGGUUUUCAAAACAGUGUUAAUUAUUUAAAAAAAUUCUUAUUUAUUCGUAACUAUUUGUGUUCUUUAUUUUAAUGACUAUGAUGUACAUGUUAAUGCGUUAUUUAAAGAGGCUAACGAUGGCUUUACAGUAAAAGUUAAAAAUAUUUAUAUUCAAGUGCAGAACGCAGUUAAUGUUAAGUGCAUUGUUACUCGAUAAGCCUUGUUUCAGCUCAGUGAAGGUCAGUCUCGACCCUCAAACGGAAGUCAUAAAGCAAUUUACUACAGUGGAACCCCGUCAAUGCGAUCACCGUUGGGCUAUAUAUAAAAUCCUGAUCGUAAUAAUGGGGUGGUCGCUUUAAUGGGCGAUUUUCAAAACAAUAAAAAAAAAGUCAGCGAUGUCUACGUUUGUAUGGAGAGAAUAUGGUCUUCAACGAGGUGGUCGUAUGGCGGGGCUCCACUAUGUUGCUAUUAAAUCAUAAAGCAAGUUACGUUUGUAAGCUUUUGUCUUUAAAAUAAUACAUCAGUGUACAUGCAUUUGUGGUUGUGAGAUUAGCGAGUUGAAAGCAUGUCAGACAAUAACGAAUGGGUUUAAGUUUUAUACAAAGAGAAACCAAAAGUCACUCGUCUUUGGGUGUUCGCAUUGCACGACUUAGUUGAGUAGAAUAUAAUAAAAGGUAUAAAAAAGUUGUAAUCCAUUAUCAUUUUUUGUGCUGCUGUUUAAAGGCUGAUUUAAGCGUAGCGGUUGUAGGCCCGAUUUCCAAAUAAAAUAUAUGGUGAUGCAACAGUUUAUUUUAGUCUAUUCGGUUUUUGGCCAGUUUUUAUCUUUUCGUUUUUCUUUCGAAAAAUCAUAGUGUGAAAACCGGGUUAAAGCUCUCCAGUUACAAGAGCAAGUUCCUCCUUUCUCCCGCCAUUGUUGCUUAAGCUCUAUUAUGUUACUUGCUGCUUGACUCACAAUUUUGUUAUCGCUCAGUGAGGACUGGCUGCCUCUGACAUAAAUAACUCGCUACUGCGCAUGUUUUGCAGCAAGUAUACGUUUCAAAAAGUAGGGUCACGUUCUCCAUAAUGUAACGUCUGCUACAGCAAAAAUAAGUACGAAGAUGGGGAGGCCGCCCCCGAGGACUAACCCAUUAACCCUUAACAUAUCAUUUUCGACAGAAAAGCCGGGGUACCCUUUGGUAUCCCGUCUAUUGGCCUGAACCAAUGUCGGCAAACACCGUAAAAGCCCCCCUCUCCAGUUAUGGGCCCAUAUUAUGCCGGUAAACGAAAAAAAAAAAAUAAAUCCGAAUAUAAGCCCCACCGGGUAUAAUUAGCUCCCCUCUUGCUUGAACUGAAUUGAAUUCGAUUUACAAUGACGUUUUGAAGCCUUUAUUAACGAGCAGUAAAUGCAAAAACAUCUAUUUUGAUCAGCAAUGCUACAGCUUAUUUCAAAGCGCGUUUUUCUAUGCCAUCAGUAAGCCCCCACGGGUGUUAAAGCCCCUUCCGUUUGAACGCUUUUGUAUAAGGAACAGUUUAUGGUAAUAGUUUAAUACUGAAGACGCUCUGUUAAGAAUAAGCUACAUUUAACAGGACUGGAUGUAACUCGAUGUCGAUGAACUUUGUGCCCGGCACGAACCAUACAAACGUCCUAUAAAAUUUCGCGCGACUUUGAGGAGCUCUAUCUUCGCCACUUUUCAACAAAUCACUUUCAAAGCUUGGCAAUUUUACUAAUUUUAAGGCAUUUCUUUUCAGUGGUGCCAACUGCUUAACUUCUCCAUAUCAAAAGUUGACAAAAAAGAAAAGAACGUGGAAUAGUCUGUCCUGAAUUGAAAGAUGUACCCUGUUGGGGAACCUCCCCGUAUAGGUUAUUGUAGGGAACCCCCAACCCCCCUUCCCACCACUUCUCCAAGGUAUAAGAUAUGAGUGUUUAAAAAUAAACACACUGACACUAGACACGUUGAGGCUUGCUUAGUUGGAGCUUAAUGGACCCGCCACUUUUUCUGAUAUAACAACGUAACAUAGCCAACUUGGACUGAAGGCAAAGUAUUAUAUUUGGCGCUCUAAAGAGGAAACGCAUCGGGUACCGUUAGAAACGCAAAGUCGUGAUAGCAUGCAUAAAAUGUUGUUGCUUUUGUAACAAUUUAUGUUCUGUGAUUCGAUUUAUUUUUGGAACGUUCAUCUAUUGACCCUGUUUCAGUACUCUGUAGAGGGCUUAUAGGCAGGGAAUAAGAAGAUGCAAAAAAAUUGCCAUAAAAGGAAAAACAAACAAGCAAAAACAAGCAAACAAUAUAUAGGAAAAGAGGUUUUACUUAAAAUAUUUGCUAUAAAAUGAAUGAGCACGUAGCACUGAUUUCAGAAUACGCUUUGUUCUAGUUCUACUCUCAUCGCCAUGGUCCAGUAUUUCGCUGUUUUCCUGAUUCUCUCUUUCUUUGGCGGCUUACUGGGAACAACCACUUCACCUCAGCAACAAAACGAUUCAAAGUUAAAAGACUUAUGCCAGGUAAGAAAUGCAUAGAGAUACAAAAAAAACGAGAACCGCGCCGUACAUUAGGUACACCCAGAAACUGUUUUACUAGUCUCAUGUCGGCUAUGAUGAUUUAGUAAAUAGUACCCGUUAAAAGUGUAUAGCAGUUUAUUUAAAUGUCCUCGCUUCAGCAUGAUCUUUCCUCGAAAACCUGAUGCCUGUGCAUUGUUAGCUGUUAAUUUUCUCUGAUUCCAUCAAAGUCUAUUCGAGGCGAGAUAACACUUUAAAUAGGAUUAUGAUGUCCAAGGUCCAUUCCGUACCUCGAAAACAAUGGAGACGGCUGGCAGGUACAGACUUUGUUCAUAUUGGUGUGGAAUCAUUGUUUGCGAGGGAGCUACGGGCGUGUAUGAACGUAUUUAUCGUUUCAAUUCCAAAUGAGAAGGAGAGAGAAAUAAUUAUGCGAAUUCUUUUUCGUUGCUGUUCUUAAUCUAGGUAAUGGUGACAUGCAUAAUUUGUUAGAGGAAAGGUCUGAAAACUGGUAUGAAUUUUAGAGUCUGAAAACGGGUGUAAAAAUGACGUUUCUGAAAAAGAGUCAGGAUUUAGGGAACCGGGCGGCACAUCCCCACCAAAAAUUCCGAGGAGUACAUCCCCCCCCCCCACCUCCCCGAGUCAUUUAAAAUCGUCUCUGCUUAUUGCAAGUCAUCUUUACUUUCAGCGAUCUAUGAUGGGUUUCCCUGGUAUUCCAGGAUCAAAUGGAAUACCGGAAGUGCCGGGCGUCCCGGGGCCACACGGACCCCAGGGAAAGGAAGGAGUAAAAGGACAAAUUGGUGAUAAAGGAUCACAAGGAAUGCCGGGUCCAAGAGGAGACAGAGGGCGCGAAGGACCCCCUGGGAAGAGUGGACCCCGAGGAAUUAAGGGAAUGAAAGGUCAACAGGGACUUCCGGGAAUGAAAGGAGUGCGCGGAGCUGUCGGAAUAAAAGGAGAGCGAGGCAUUGUGGGAAAUCCAGGAAGAAAAGGAGACAAAGGAGGGAAAGGAGAAAGCGCCAAAGCAAGUCAAGCAAGUGUAGUACCACAAACCAACUGGAAACAAUGUGUGUGGAAACGAGACACCAGUACUGAUAACGGAAAGAUUAAGGUAAUUAGAAUAAGAAUCAUAACACACUCCAAACGAAAGUAAUUCCUCUCUAAAUCAAAAUAUUUCAAAGGCGAACGUCUACCUUCUAACUAACCAUUUGCCAACACAUAACAUAAAUAACUAAGUUACAUUUCUCUCUACUUUGGUUCUUUUUGAACGAAAAAAGGGAAAACAAUCUUGGGUGAUAAAAUGAUUCCUGGCCAUAAGGACAAGGAAAAUUGAAGCUAUUACAGAGUUUUUAAAAAUUACGAAGUAAUUUUGACUGGAGUUGUUAGUAUCAAUUAUUACACACUGUUGCUCGCCUUGCUACAAUAUGUUUGAUUUGUUUGUUUUUAUUUUAGGACUGUGCGUUUAACAAACUGCAGUCUAAUUCAGCGCUCAGAGUCUCAUUCCAGGGAAACAUGAGGGUCUAUGGAAGUAGUGAGAAGUGUAACCGAUGGUAUUUUAAGUUUAAUGGAAAUGAAUGCAGUGGACCAAUGACGAUUGAGGCUGUUGUUUACAACUGGUGGCCAUCUGGGAGCCCUAAUCUGCUGCAUCAUCGGUCAUUUGCGGGGUACUGUGAAAACAUCCCACAAGGCGCUGUUAGAGUGGAAUUAUGGGUAGGACAGUGUGGUCGCAGCUACACCUUGGGUGAUGCUGAAACUGGGUGGAAUUCAGUGUCCAGGAUAAUGAUUGAAGAAGUAUCUAGGUUCCAGUCCUAAUAAGGGGAGUCUUGAACUUUGGAGUUGUUUUAAUUUCCUUAGAAUAGCGUUCUACAAAUAUAGACUGGAAAACGCAUGGUGCGAAAGUAUUGUGUUUGGUUAUUUUUAAUUAAUUAUUAUUAUUAUUAUUUUUUUUGCCCCUUGUGGCUACUCUCGUCGUAUUAGAUUGUUGAUAGUAAACUUCAGGAGCCUAGGAUCCUGUAAACUCUUGCUUAUAACAGUAUUAAAAAUUUGUAUAAUUAUGUAGGCAUGUUAGUCUCCCAUUCAUGCACUUUUUUGCUGCAGUUCUUUGUUCUGUCUCGCAGCGCUUCUCUAUGUGGGGAGGCACCUUUCGUGACGACACAAUAAUCGGCUGAGCGCGCAGGGAAUUGGUCCCUGAUGCAGCCGUUUUGUCUUGUCACGCAACGUUCUUUCCUGUCGCGUGACAAGACAAAAAUUGCUGUGAUGGAGAGCGAUUGAUUGGCAAUGCUUUUUAAAGGUGAUAUGUUGUGGACACAAAGUAUAUCAAUACAGCUUCAGGGGAACCCUUUCACUCUUGGGUUACCAUGGAUACCACCAGAUUGCCGUUCAUUUCAUUAAGUCUUUAAAUUGAUUAUGCAGUCAAAGCAAACGUCGUGAUAUAAUCUUUCAUCUGACAAAAAAAAAAAUGCUAAAGUGGUAAUCUUCGCCAUUAAAAUAUUUUAGAAAAUCUUUAAUUAAAUCGCGCCUUAAACACAAUUCCUUUUGUAGCUAAACACUUUGAGGCAAAACCUCAGAAACCUUUACUAAAAUCGGAUAAGAAUUUUGAGGAUUAAAAUUCACUUAGUAAAAUGUAUAACAAUUAGCUGGAAAGAUAAAAAUAUGAUAUAAAUAGGAUAACUUGAUUAUCGCUAGCCUGCGUGGCAAGCGUUCGAGAGGGAAGGGAAGGGAAUUUAGGCGCGAGACCGCGCGCGACUGAGAAGGGAGGGUAGGAGCGCUUUCCCUUUCCUCCUUCCUCGCGCGCCCUUCGUGCUUCUCACACGCCCAAAAUCCUCUUUCCCUUCCCUUUGGAAUGCCUGUCAGGCAGGUUAGAUUAUCUCUCAAACAGAGGGAAAAAAUGGAAUGUUUGUACUCGUAACAUUGAGAUUCUUGUCAAACCUUCCCAUUACUUUAAUAGCAUCUUUGUUAUAUUUCUUUCAUGUCAGUGUGGUCUGCUUUAAUGUGGUCUGCUUUAAUGUGGUCUGCUUUAAUGUGUGAUUGAAGCUUUCAAUAAAAGACAAUGUCUCACUUAACAGUAUGUACAGAUCUUGUCUAUUAUUUGUGUUGCAUGUCCUCACAACGAUAAUUUAACUUAGGCUAAAGAAGUAAGGGAAUCCCCCGGGACUUCAGUUAAAAUUGAAUUGGCCAUUUUGCGAAAGGGAUUAUACUUUGUUAUUUAUAAAAGCGCAUGUAGUUUUGUAUGCUUCUUGUUCUAGCCUGUAAAACAGGUGUUAUUUACUUAUUUUUGUUUGGUUCUGAUUUUUGCUUUUGCUCGUGGGCAAAGGUAGGCACGAGGCGAUCAUCUGAGAAUGCUUGAUUUUGUAGCAAAAAUGAGAUCUGCUGACAAAAAUAUUUGAAGACGAAAAAGCUUUUAAAGGAUUAUAAAGUUUGCCGACAUGUUUACUUAAUGAGAUUAUAAGACAUUUUUUUUGCCCUAAGCUUUCGUAAUGAUCUUUCUUGUCUUGUGCCUUUAAAUAAAUUAAGAGUAGAUUCGUUUUUUAGCAGAUAAUUGGUCUUGGCGAUACUACCAUCUGAAGUAACUUUAUAGUCAAUAAAUUUAAUUCUUGGGCGUUACUAAGCGAAAUAAGACUUGCCGAAGCCUAAGGCUGAAGAAAAGAAUUGACCUGUGAGACACUCCAACAAAUGACUAUAUUUUGCCUUGAUAAUAGGGUUCAAUAAUUUUUUACCAUUCUAUAUGCAGUCGAAGCUCUGCACGCAACCUCUUCCGUCAGCUAGAGGCGACCAGUUUACGGCAUCGGCCAGUAUCAUUCAAUUUAUACGGUCAGUAGAACCUCUAUAAUUGGCUCGCAUAGCUAGAAUUCUUCACUAACUCGAACUAAAUUCCCUUUCUCUUGAUUAAAACUUAACUGAAAUUUAACCUGAUAACUCAAAUUCCUCGCUAACUCGAACUACGUGUUCGUUUCCCUUCAGAGUUCAAGUUACCGGGGUUUUACUGCAUUACCAACCAGUGCCCCCCCCCCCUAUCCCGCCCCCUUAACAGGCAACAUGCAUAGCUGAAUAAUCUUUAUGCACUUCUCGGGUAAAGUCAGUGGAGAUCAGAUGUAGAUAACUUAUGGAGAUCACUGAAUAUAUUGCAUGGCAUGUAUUUGAAAGCCAAGAAAAACUAGGGGGAAUGAAGACCACGAGCGUGAACGGGAUACCACGAAUUCAGGCGCCUUUACGCAGGUUUGGGAGAUCAACUGAGACGGACAAGUGGAGAUACAAAGUUCUGCCUGAUAUUAUUCAGCAAAGCUGGGAAAGCCUGGUAAAAAGGCUUCAACAUUUUGAUAGUGAACUUGAGCAAAGAUGUUUUGAGCCAGACGCACGUCAACUGGAAGUGCACUUUUUGCAUCCUUGGGCAGUAUUCUGCCGAGCAGAAAUGUACGGUCAGCAGAAUGUCUCAAGUCAUAAUGCUAAUGCCAAUGGUUGGAAAGGAUGUCAGAAACUUUGCCUCGGCCGUAAACGAAUGCUAAAGCGGGGACAGUGAAAGAACGUCUAUUCGCGUGGGCCGUUUUGAAAUAACGAGUAAAACAUACAAAAUAAUAGUAAGUCUUGUUUUAACAGGGGCACCCAACGAGAAUAUAGUUCAAAACCAUUUAAACAUAGCAUUGUCAAACGUAUUUUAGUAUUUAAACUGUACAUAUAGGCCUUUUUUUAUCCCCUAAAAAUUUUUCAUCUGUUCGGAUUUCCUAGCUGAAAGUCUAGUGAUACGAAAAUUAUAGGGAUCAAAACUUACCUUUUCAAAAAUUUCAGCCAGGAAAAAGGCUCCCGAAAAUUCUAGGUGACCUUUUUAGGGUAAAAAUCCCGUUAAAAAUGGGCAAAUAUUCCAUUUUUUAGAUGUUCGAGAAUCCUAGGAGAGGCAGGCAAGCAACAAAUUUUACAACAAAUGUUCCGAAAAUCCUAGAUCUCAAAUCGUCUUCCGAACAGAUAUUUUCCGAAAAUUGACGUUGGGUGCCCCCGUUUUAAGCUCACCACCGACCACAACUAACCAACAAUGGUUUACGCAUCCACAAUAAGAAUUUGCAUUUUUACUUUUUAUCUAAAACAAAGGAUGUUAUCACUCACCUUUAAUGUUUUGUUUUUAUGAAUUUUAAAAACAAACUCGCACAAGAAAACAUAAACACUGAACUAUGAAUCAAUUUUGGUUCGCGAUAACCAAUGCGUUUUGCGAUGUUAGCUCGUUGUUUAAUUUCCUCGUUUACAUGUCGUUUCCUCUUCUGAAGCUUAGAAUCAGUGGUUAAAUCAAACGUUACAGUCUUUGUGCACACCAAAAGAAAACAAAAAAAACUAUCAGUACAGUUUUGGUUGUUCUGUUUACCCGCUAACGGUCCAGUAAACUAUAAAUGAACCGGUCGGCCGCUAAAACAGUCGUUGAUUUUUCUUUCUUAUAUUAUGAUUUGAUGUUCACAGUCUAAAGGUUCAUCCUAUUAGUUUUUUUUUAAAAAUUAACGCAGUUUACUUGCCUUACCAAAACAAGGAAGAACUAGAUAAUUAUUAUUAAUGAUAUGUGUCGCAAUGUUAAGAGAAUUGAUAUAAACGUCGCUGUUUGAUGAAUCUGGGAAUGUAUGCAUCGACGAUCAGAAUGCCGGUUCUUUCUAAGAACUUCAAUUUCUUAAAAAAAGUUUCAACUAAACGAGAAGGCCAGCAAAAGUUUCUUCAAAGGUACUUCCCUUUGCCAUUUCAAAUCACAACAACAAACAAUAAAGAUAAAAGAAUCGGUAUUGUCCAAUCAGUUUUAUCAGUUCUAGUGACGUCAGUAUUUAGUAUCUUCUGAUUGGCUGACGUCUCCUCUAUUGUUCUAUUCCCUAUAUAUUUGCGAUACCACACGGAUGGUUUGGGCGGAUCAGUAAAACCAGCGCACCACAACAUUCUCUUGCCAACACCUAAGAUAGCAAAAUACAAUCUCAUGCUAAUUCUCAAGCACGAACUAACAUAAUUAUGCAUACCCAAUUAGGCGCCUUCAAAUCAGUUUACAUCUUUGUGCGCAUGCGCUACAUGGCUUGCAUCUGAUUAACAGUGUGGUCUCAGUCAAGCAAGUUCAAUAGGUACACUGCACAUGAAAAUUAAAGCACCGUCUUCAUUGCUUCAAAAGAAUAUUAUAUAUUCAACAAAUGAAGGCCGUGUAGGUCACUGAAGUGGAACAGAAAAGGGACAAUGGUAAAGAAAUAUUUUGAUUAAGAGACUGGUGUCUUAUAAUUCAUACACGUGAAGACAAGAACGAAGAAUAAAAACAUACAUUUCUACUCAUGAGAUCACUCUGAAAAAGUUUAUUAUAGACAAUUGAUAUUCUCUCGGUCUUGAUUAGCUUCAGUACACUCCAAUCGUAUACUCGAUCGAAAUAAAAAUAAUUUAACACCCAAAAUUAGUUAGAAAAUCAUAAACAUCAAAAUGAGUUUGUGAGUUUCAAAUAAUUCAAUCAGUGAUCUAAUAUAAUAACAUCUUCAGUAGAAAAUGACUGUCUGCAGUUGUCAAAGUGUUCCAUCAAGCAUAGUAAUUUCAAGUUCAUCUUAAACUUCUUCCAGAAAACUUCUGUCAAAGGUUUCUAAACUUCGCUUAAUUACACUCGAAAAGUUUCAAAUGGCUCGUUCAGCGAUCUUUAGAAAGCUAAGUAGACUAUCUACAGUUGUCAUUUUACAUGGAGCCUAGCAAACCAGUUUAUCUUAAACUCCAAACGUUAUGUUAUAAGUUAGCCAUCGAGGCAUUCGACAAGAGCGAGCGCGCUACCACAUAGGACUGUAAACCUAGGGACGUGCGCUUGCCUGAAUUGGGCAAUUUUAUCCCAUGUGUGUUAUUCAUAUGAUUUAGCCCUUCGUCCGGACUCAGUUUGCAAAUAAUCAAGGCCGGCUCCAGUAGGGAGGUCACUUUAGACAUAAUGGUGACAUGCAGUUCUUGGAGGGUAUCAAUGGGGUAGUGUCUUAAUUACGGCUAACGGUUAAUAUAUUUUUCGUUACGGUUAAUUAACGGAUCUGUUAAAAACUAACUUUCGAACGUACCCCCACCGUGGUACAAGGGGGAAGGGGUGGAUAGAACCCCCGUCCCCCCUUGUACAUCCAAGAUUAACGGUUAAUUAUGUUUUUAAUUUUUAAGCCUAUCGUCUAGAUUUUUGGCGGUUUUACGGCCAACAGUUAACCCCACUGAGACCCAAAUACAGGUCAUGUGAUACUAUAGAACACUGUUUCUUUCAAAUUUCGUCUUAUUCACGUGCAUAUGUACGCAUAGCUUUUGAAAAGACUCCAAUAAAACAAAGGGUAGCCUGCGUAGCAAACGUUUCCGUUUGGUAUCAGAGCAAAGGAGGACUGAGGAACGGGAUUUUCGGUUUUGGACGCCCGAGAAGUGAAACGAAAGGGCCAUUUUUUUGCGCUGUCUUUGACUCUCGUUUUUCGUUCGUUGCUCCGAAUAUCGCUCGGAAACGUUUGCUAGGCAGGCUAUACAAAGGGUCAAGUUACCCUGUGACCUUUAUUGGAAAAAAACAAAACUUACAAGCUAAGGAGGUCUGUUAACGAUCUUAAUACGAUUCUCUGUAUCUUUCGCGGUUCACUGGCAACAACCACCUCACCUCAGCAGCAAAACACCGCAAAGUCAAUAGAUUUAUGCGAGGUAAGAAGUGCGUGGAGAUAAAAAGGAGUACGCCUGUGAAUUAGGUACGCCCAAACGGACCAUUCUACUACUGUAACAUUCCGAAAGUAAAGACCCUCGUUACUUUCGGAUUUAUCACCCUUCAGCUAUCGCCAUCUUUGGAGGCUCGAUACUUUCAGAUGGCUAAGACGUGUACUCCAAAUGGGCACUUCAAAAAAUAUAAUCGCAAAAGAUGUGAAAGAAAACAAGGCCAAUGAUUUAACCACCAUAUCGGAAAUGACCAAUAAUUUUUACCCAAACGCGAACUUUCGAGUACUAGAAUCUCUCGUUCUAUUUUGAACUUCAAAAGUGGUGUUCUGGCGUCGGCGACCUGACUUCACGGACGUAAACACAUGCGCAGUAUAUUCACACUGGCACGAGUGACUUUCGGUCAGAGUUCGUGACCUCAAAAACGUCGGGCGCUCUCAUUGGCCGAGCGGCGUGUUUCCAUGAGAGUGUGCAAACAUGGUUGUGACGUCACGAUGUUUUGCUUUUCGCACGCCACUUAGCACGCGGGCUCUAAUUGGAAAAAAGUUUAAAUUGAGUUGAAAACUCGACAAGUUUGCUUUAUUUACCUAUUCCUUCGUCAGCUGAAACUUGGAAAAUCUUUACAAAGACUUCUUCUACAAGACUUCGCGUCUGGUAAGAAUUUCUCUUUUAAUCAGUGCCACAACAAGGAGUUUUGCGGGGUUUUUUUUGCGGGGAAAUUAAUUUAUAAAAGCAAUAGAAAACUUUUUUCCUGUAUUUACAUAGCCUAAUAUAAACACUCGAGGGUUUAAGGGAAAUCUCGACAGCUAUGCAAACCCUCGAUUUUGUCUCGCGUCUGUUUCGAAUACUCCCAGCCCCUCUCAGGCUAUGCAAACACGCUAAACGUUUCCUAUUGCUUAUAAAUCUCAAUUUCCAUUCACCACUUGCACAUCUCCUAUAAUGGCACCUUAUUUGCCCCCCUCCCCGCCCCCCCAACUUUACAUAAACUUUGUUUUUCAUUCCACGACAAAUUGAAAACGAUGCUUAUGCAACAAUUGGGGGGGGGGGGCAAAUAAGGUGCAUUAUGGGAGAUGUGCAAGUGGGGAAUAAACCCCGUCACCGGGGCCUUUCCCUCAGAAACUCUAGCAUCCUUCCCUCCCAUUCUUUAAGGGAUAAGCCCUAAGGACGAGGUUGAAUUUCCAUUGCACUUGUUGAAUAAGGGAGACUGUCUCUCUGUCUGAUACGUCCAUUCAAGGCUAGACUAAAACACUGAAGAGGGAUCAUGAAAUUCAAGCUAUAUUGUGCCUCUCAAACAAGGGAGGCUGCAAUAAUCUCUGUCGUUUCGUGGCCUUUCUAUUUUAAUGUUAAUGGGGCAGGUUAUUAACCUGUUUUUACCUGGUUUCCACAUUAAAGUGCAAUCCAACUUUCUUUUCAGCGAUCAAUACUAGGUUUCCCUGGCAUUCCAAGAUCAAAUGGCAUGUCGCGAAUGCGGGCGUUCCAGGGCCGCAAGGACCUCAGGGAAGGGAGGGACGAAAGGGACAAAUCGGUGACAAGAGAUCGCAAGGAAUGCAGGGUCCAAGAGAAGACAAAAGGCGCGAAGGGCCUUCUGGGAAGAGCGAAUUCAGGAAUUCAGGGAACAAAAGGUGAACCUGGACCUCUGGGAAUGAAAGGAGAGCGAGACAUUGUGGGAAAUCAGGGAAGAAAAGGAGACAAAGGAGAGAAAGGAGAAAGCGUCAAAGCAAGUCAAACAAGUGUAGUACCACAAACAAACUGGAAACAAUGUGUAUGGAAAUCAGAGAGCGGUACUGAUAACGGAAAGAUCAAGGUACAUGUGAUAAUCUUUGUUAUAUUCCUAGACUUUCACUUCACUAAACAUGGACUACCAUGACCUACAAUUGGAUUGGUUUAUUCUUUGUAAGGUGACCUUGACAAUCCCAAAUGUACUAGACGACUUAUCGGUCAUUACACAGUUGCUCGUCGCCUUAAUCGGCAGUAUGUUCGAUUUUAUUCCAGGAUUGUGCAUUCAACAAACUGCAGUCUUCUUCAGCGCUCAAAGUCUCAUUCCAAGGAAACACAAGAAUCCAAAAUCAUGGCAAAUGUAAUAGGUGGUAUUUCAAGUUCAACGGCAAAGCAUGCAGUGGACCAAUGACAAUUGAGGCUGCCUUGUAUAGCGAAUGA